CCCCGGUAGUAGAGCUUGCUAAUGCUCCUGUAUCUCUCCUGACCGGCCGUGUCCCAUAUCUGCAGGCGCACGACGGUAGACGUGUCAAUGUCGACGACCUUCUUGGUGAGAAAAGAAGCGCCGACGGUCGAGGUCGUGUUGGCAAAGGCGUUCUUCACGUAGCGGUGCACGAGACUCGUCUUGCCGACGCCCUGCGAACCGAGCACGACGAUCUUCGCUUCGAGGUCGUGGCCAGCCAUGGUAGUUGUAGAUUUCGGCGCGGCGUCGCUUUUGGCGGUGGUGGGAGUUUGCGCGGCAGAGAAAAGAGUGGCAGGGCAGGAUGGAGGGAUGGCGGACGGGCGGUGCUGGCCUAAAGCCGGGGGCGGUCUUCACUGCGGCGGCGCGACCCUGAGGCGCACAGGCUAUGAUCGGCUCUCUUCGGUGCCCAAGAUGGAGGAAGUGUGGCGCUGGGCUGUCGCAACCAUCAUUCAGCAGAGAGGGCGAGGGACGAGGCUGCUGGUGGUGUUGAAGUUGGUUGUCGCAUCGACAGAUGACAAACUGCGGAAGUGGACCUCGUGCGCAAUGGGAUGCAUGUUAUUAGCGUCAGACUGGGGGCGGGCUGACUGCGCCUCCUGCCUGCCUGCCAUCAGCCUCAAGCCCUUUUAUACCACGGCUGCCGCGCGAAGCCAGGGCGCGCCGUUACAGGAGCACCGUGCUCGGGAAUGUCGUGUUGCCGCCCAGCGCGACUGACAAAUGCGCGCGUCUGGUUCGCCUUUGGGCGUGCGCUCAUAAUGUGGGGUAGAUCGGUCUCCAAUGAGCCGAGGUGAGAUAGCCGUGUCCCAUACCUAUCGCUAGCAGUCCC